AUGGGCCUGAUGACAUUUGCAGGCUUGGGACGGAAUAUCUGGACACUUGACGACAGUACCAUCACGACCUUUCACAUAUACCUCCUCGUCGUUCAAUACGCCUACGUCCUAAGUCUCUGCCUCAUCAAACUCUCAAUACUUUAUUUCUUUCUCCGAACAUUCCCUGAUCCAAAGUUCAGAUUGAUCAUCAAAUAUACCAUCGCCUUCAACAUUGUCACGACAAUCAUCGUCACCAUCUGCGGCGCACUACAGCGGCAACCAAUUCACUUACUCUGGGAUGGUUGGAAAGACUAUCCACCCCGCGGGAAAACACUUAAUAUCCCAGCAAUCAUCUUUUUCCACGCUGGUGUCAACAUUGCCCUUGAUAUUUGGAUGUUUGCUCUACCGUUGACGCAGUUGUAUUCUUUGGGUCUUCAGCCGAAGAAGAAGGCCGGUGUUAUGGUGAUCUUUGGCGUUGGUAUUUUUCUCAUUGCAGCCAGCUGUAUCCGUAUCCCCUACUUACUAGACUUUACAAGAACCUUGAACGCAUCAUCCGACGCACAAGGAUUCGUCGUAUGGUCCAACAUUGAAAGUGGCAUAGGCAUUCUAGUGGCCUGUAUGCCUCACAUGCAACCAAUCUUCCGCGCCAUCGCAGCACGAGCAAGGUCCUGGAAAAUCCUACCUCAAGGCUCGAGCAGCAGCACAGAGGGAAUAUUUGUGCAAAGAUCUCUUGCGACUAUCAAGAUGUCGAGGACUGAUGGAACUACUUUGGUGGAGCCGGAUGAUUUGGUGCUGUAUGAUACAGGGGGCUUGUUGAGCGACCUUGGUCCGACGAAGGUUGACACUAAAUCUGGGAGUGUAAAUGAGACGGGGACAUCGAGGUAA